AUGAUGCUUGUGAACAUCGCCGACGACGGCUCCAUGACGCUAGAUGAAGGCUUUUUAGUGGACUUCGGUUCCAUGCAAGGAGGCCCCUAUCUUGCACACGAAAUGCGCUACCCCGGAGGCGACUGCACCUCUGACAUCUGGAUUUGA